AAAUUUGUUUUGGAAAAGAAAUUUGUGGAAAGUGUUUGUCAUUCUCCAAAAAGUAUGGAAAAGUUAAAUUCAGCUAAUCUGAUCUCUGUUACCUGGCACCCAUUCCUUCUGCAACAAAAAAUGCAACCAUCAUAAUUCAUAUACACAAAAAAUGCUACUUACCUAACAAUUUUCUGAAAUCCAUAUAAACAAACACACACAAUUCAUCCCAAAUCCCCCUAUAAAUUUCCCCAAAAAGAAAUCCAAAAAAAAUAAAAAUAGGUCAGAAUGAAAUUGCAUACACAAUCAAGCAUGAACCAUAGAAGAGAUGAAGAAACAACAAUGUCCAUGAUGUCCCAAAACACUCCACCAACAUCCCCAAAGACUCUGAAACAUCCUAGAUCUCUUCCAAGAUCCAUUAAUUACAUCCUUAAAGAACAAAGACUCCUCUUCAUCCUCCUUGGCAUUCUCAUUGGUUCCACUUUCUUCAUUCUCCAACCAAGUCUUUCUGGUCUCACCCCAUCACCCGGGUUGGGCACGGUUCCCGAGGUGAAGCAUGCAUCAACUGUUGCCAUAAUGGACGAGUUUAAUGGUCAGGGGAGGGGGAAUGUUAGGGGGAGUGUGAGGGGAGCUGUAAGGGUGCCAGUGGGGAUAGGAAGGAAGAGGAUGAGGGUAGUGGUAACGGGUGGGGCGGGUUUUGUAGGGAGUCAUUUGGUGGAUAAGUUGAUUAAGAGAGGUGAUGAUGUUAUUGUUAUUGAUAAUUUCUUUACUGGGAGGAAAGAAAAUGUGAUGCAUCAUUUUGGGAAUCAUAGAUUUGAACUUAUUAGACAUGAUGUUGUGGAACCUAUUUUGUUGGAAGUUGAUCAGAUUUAUCAUUUGGCUUGUCCUGCUUCUCCUGUUCAUUAUAAGUAUAAUCCUGUUAAGACUAUUAAGACAAAUGUGAUGGGUACUCUCAACAUGUUGGGCCUUGCCAAGAGAAUUGGUGCAAGGUUCUUGCUUACUAGUACAAGUGAGGUUUAUGGUGAUCCACUUGAGCAUCCACAAAAGGAAACAUAUUGGGGAAAUGUGAACCCAAUAGGUGUUAGGAGCUGCUAUGACGAGGGUAAACGGACUGCUGAAACCUUGACUAUGGAUUACCAUCGUGGUGCAGGUGUUGAGGUGCGCAUUGCCAGAAUUUUCAAUACAUAUGGACCUCGCAUGUGUCUCGAUGAUGGACGUGUUGUAAGCAACUUUGUUGCUCAGGCCAUCCGCAGGCAACCAAUGACAGUGUAUGGUGAUGGAAAGCAAACACGCAGCUUUCAAUACGUCUCCGACUUGGUUGACGGAUUAAUGGCCUUAAUGGAUGGUGAGCAUAUUGGUCCUUUCAACUUGGGAAACCCAGGAGAGUUCACCAUGUUAGAGCUUGCUGAGGUGGUCAAAGAAGUGAUUGAUCCAAGUGCUACUAUUGAGUUCAGAGCUAACACAGCUGAUGAUCCCCACAAGAGGAAACCAGAUAUCAGCAGAGCAAAGGAACUGCUAAAUUGGGAGCCCAAAGUACCCUUGCGUGAUGGGCUACCUCUUAUGGUCAAUGAUUUUCGCAAUCGCAUCUUAAAUGAAGAUGAAGGAAAAGGCAACUAAUAAGAGUAGUAGCAACACUAGGUUGUAUAGACCAAGCUUAGUGUACUGUUUAUUGUUUUUGCUAAUAUACAAAGUUGAUAUUCGUUCAUUUUUGUACCAACAUUGCAAUAGAUACUGGAACGUUCAGACAUCAGCCACAACUCUAGGCAGGUGCUUCAUGUAUCCGGUUUUUUGUUUUGAUAUUUUUUCCCAAUACACAUCAUUUAAUUGUGCAGGAGAAAUUUUUAAUCUUUUAGUUUCAGUUACUAUUAUUA